AUGAACCAUAAAUUGGUAAUUACCUUAACACUUUGCUAUGUAAUUUACAUAUGCAAGAGCAAUGCUAUUGAUCCAUGUUCAUCUCAACCAGAUAACUCCGAUCUCAACGUGAUUCCUAUGUAUGGAAAAUGCUCACCAUUCAACCCACCAAAACCAGAUUCAUGGGACAACAGAAUCAUAAACAUGGCCUCCAAAGACCCAGCCCGAAUGAGCUACUUAUCAACAUUAGUAGCCCAGAAAACCGCCUCUUCAUCUCCCAUCGCUUCGGGCCAGGCUUUUAACAUCGGCAACUACGUUGUCCGUGUCAAAAUCGGAACACCAGGUCAACUUCUGUUCAUGGUUCUUGACACAAGUACCGAUGAGGCUUUUGUCCCUUCCUCCGGCUGCACCGGUUGUUCCGCUUCCGCCACAAUUUUCUCCCCGAACUCCUCCACUAGUUAUGUCCCGUUGGAUUGUUCCGUUCCACAAUGUGGUCAGGUCCGUGGGCUUUCAUGCCCAGCCACAAGCUCCGGCGCGUGUUUAUUCAACCAAUCUUACGCCGGUUCUUCUUUCUCUGCCAUACUCGUUCAAGAUUCACUUAGAUUAGCUAAGGAUGUUAUUGCUAACUACUCUUUUGGAAGCAUUAAUGCUAUCUCGGGUGCUUCGAUUCCGGCCCAAGGGCUUUUGGGCUUGGGCCGUGGGCCGUUAUCUUUAUUAUCUCAAUCCGGAUCAAUUUACUCAGUUAGAGACGAGUUUAGGAAACAAGUGACAGGACCAUUUUCAAGCUUAGGAGCAUUCGACACGUGUUUCGUGAAAACUUAUGAAACAUUAGCACCAGCUGUUACGUUGCAUUUCACGGAUUUGGAUCUGAAAUUGCCAAUGGAAAAUAGUUUGAUUCAUAGCAGUUCUGGUUCGUUGGCUUGUCUUGCAAUGGCAGCUGCACCGAGUAAUGUGAACUCUGUGUUGAAUGUGAUUGCUAAUUUUCAGCAACAGAAUUUGAGGGUUUUGUUUGAUACCGUGAAUAGUAAGGUUGGUAUUGCCCGUGAGGUUUGUAACUAG